AUUUUAAUAUUUAUAUCUUUGUUUUCUACUUAUUUUUCUGUCUUGACUAUAAACGAUAUAGUAUGGUUUCUCUCCAAUAAUGGGAUUCGGAUAAACCUGGAACCUAGCUGGUGAACGACUGUGUUCGUAUAUCGCUCGUUAAAAACAUAAAACAUUUUCUACCUACGUCGAUUUAACCCAUCUGGCUAACAAGCGACAUUGUUUGAGUAUUUAAAAUAGGCUGGGUGAGCUACAUGCGUCAUUUUUUCCAAAUAUUCCGUCCCAAUCGAAACUUUUCACGACCGGUGCCGACAAAAACGCACCUCGUUUUCUCAUUGGUGACGCCGUUAGUCUGUGACAAUGCAGACAACGCCCUAAAAUAAAAAAAACUUGAACGCCCCUAACUUCAUAACCAAUCACAAAGACGUAUUCCAGUCGUAUAUUUGACAGACGUUAUCUUCCUCCAAUCCUCUUAAAAACACCCUGGAUAUUAACAUCAAAACUACGUCAUCAUCCAGACAUUCGUACUGGAAAUGAGUUUUCACUACGGACAGGGUUACCCUGCACAAGGGCAUAACUACCCAGGCCAGCACCCCCCUCCUGGGGGUCAGGUACCCCCAGGAGCCCCCUACGGGGGUGGGAUGCCCCCCGGAGGUCCUGCAGGGCAGUAUGGGGGCCCAACUGCCCCAGGCUACACCCCGUAUGGGGGCACAGCGCCUCCACAUGGAGGGCAGUACCCUGCAGGCCAAGCUCCUGGUGCCCCCCACGGAUCGUACCCAUCCCCGUUUGGGGCUGGCAGGGGCGCUCCUGGGGCCCCCUAUGGGGGUCCACUCCCCGCAGGAGGAAAUUUCGGGGGACAAGCUCCUGGGGCGCCAUACGGGGGUUACGGACAGCCCCAGGGGGGUCACUAUGGCCAGCAUCCUCCAGCAGGUAACAUCCCUCCAGGUGUGAGCUCGGAGGCCUAUCAGUGGUUCCAGUCUGUAGACACAGACCACAACGGCAGCAUCAACCUGAAAGAGCUGAAACAGGCCCUGCUGAACUCCAACAACUCCACCUUCAAUGACGAGACCUGCCUCAUGAUGCUCAACAUGUUCGAUAAGACUGGCUGCGGCCGCAUGGACGUCUUCGGCUUCUCCGCGCUCUGGGCCUACAUGCAGCAGUGGAGAGGCCUGUUCCAGCAGUUCGACCGCGACCGCUCUGGGUCCAUCAGCGGUAACGAGCUGCAGCAGGCUCUGGCGCAGUUGGGGUACAGCCUGAGCCCGCAGUUUGCGCAGGGCCUGGUGGGGCGUUUUUCGGGCCGGGGAGGGCAGGGGGGCCUGCAGCUGGACAGCUUCCUGCAGGUGUGCACCCAGCUGCAGGCCAUGACCCUGGCCUUCCGCCAGCGCGACACCGCCCAGACCGGCCACGUGCGCAUGAGCUACGAGGACUUCCUGUCCAGCGCCGUGCAGCGGCUCAUGUGACAGACCAGACCCCGCCCCCCAGUGAAGGACACGCCCACCUCCGAACCCGAGGCACUACACACACCAACACUGACACACACACGCACACACCAACACUGACACUUACACAUACACACGCACACUCACACUCACACACACCAACACUGACACUUACACACACACACACACACUCACACACACACACCAACACUGACACACACAGACACAUGCACACACACACCAACACUGACCCUUACACACACACGCACACACACCAACACUGACACUUACACAUACACACACUCUCACACUUACACUCACCUGCACACACACACACACACCAACACUGACACGCAUCCUAAACUGAUCUUUUACAUGUUUACUUUACAUGACCUUUAAUCCAGUACCAGCGCUGUGGUGUUAUAAAGACUGCCGUGGCUGCGAAGAAGGUUUUUAAUGUGCACAGAGACAGCCAGAACAGGGCAGUGUGUCAGCAUUAACCGCACAGCCUAGCACAGUCGGGCACAGUCAGGCACAGUCAGGCACAGUUGGGCAGAGUCAGGCACAGUCGGGCGCUGUCAGCCUAGCACAGUCAGACACAGCCUAGCGCAGUUGGGCACAGUCUCGCACAGUCUCGCACAGCCAGGCACAGUCUCGCACAGCCAGGCACAGUCUCGCACAGCCAGGCACAGUCGGGCCCUCUCCACGCUGUCGUUCCUCUGCAGUCUUUAUUUGGGCUUUCUGAGACGCGCAGUUUGAAACAUGGUGCUGUUAAGGAAUGCCUGAUUUAGGCGCUGCCUCGCCCCGCUGUGUAGUGGGCAUUAAAGCGGUGGUGUGUUGGGACUUCGGCGUUAAGAGACACCGGAUAGAGGAAGACAAGCAGGCUUUUAGCGUCUGGAGAGCCGCACACAGUUACGGGUAAAGAUGGUGGUCAUGCUAACCGGCUGCUUUCACCAUGGUAACAGACCAAAGGGGUGUGUGAGCUUCCUGUUACUGACCUGUUUUUGUGUCAAAUGCCUUCAGCUCAGAACUAUACGAUUCUGAACACCCAAAUGGUAUAAACUCAGAACUAUGAAAUUCCGAACGCCCAACUGCUAUAAACUCAUAACUAUGAAAUUCCGAAUGCCCAAAUGCUAUAAACUCAGAACUAUGAAAUUCUGAAUGCGAGUGCGUUUUGUGUUGUUGUGAUGUAUCCUUGUCUCAGCUGUAUAUACGUUUCCUUUUAUAAAUAAAGCAGUUAAACUGAA